AUGGCUAAGGCAGCGUCUCGGAAACUUUCGCAAUGGGGUCCCCUUGAAGGGAAAAUAGAAGGUCUUAUUUACCGAUUGCUGGAGGAGAAAUCGCUUGACAAGAAAAGGCAGCAAGCAGACGAUGGGGAGAUUUCCAACGAGGAGCUGGAUAAUAUCUUUUUCGCUAAAGAUCUUGUUGUGCCAGAGAUAUUUACCUUUUGCCAGUCAAAGGACGUAUCGAUGCUGAGAGUUAAGAAAGUAAUCUUGCAGAAAUCGAUAGAGAGAGUCUUGAAAAAGGUCAUGGAGGUGGAAGCGGCAGAGUUUGAUAGCUAUUCUAGUUAUAAGGACGAUACGGUGGAAUCGGCGGCGAAACCUGACAACUUGGUGCCUAUAGAGGACAAUAACGAAUUCAACAAGAGCAUAACCAACCAGUGGUCAGCCAAGGAAGAUAAAGCACUCAAGAAAGCCACGUCCGCUGAGAAUCUAGAGGCAGAUGAAACGUCUUCGCAGCCCAAGAAGAGAGCUAGAGAUACUGUUUCGGUGAAAGCGAAGCGUCAGAAGGUUAAGGAAAAUAGAACUCCGCCAAUGACCAACUUGGAGUCUCUGGGAGGCGUCGAUGAUGUUAUUGCACAGCUUAUGGAACUGGUAGGGUUGCCCAUUUUGCACCCCGAGAUAUUCGAGUCUACGGGUGUGGAACCGCCGCGUGGUGUUCUUCUGCAUGGGCCGCCUGGUUGUGGGAAAACUUCAAUAGCUAAUGCUCUUGCUGGGCAAUUACAGGUCCCCUUCAUUCCGGUGUCGGCACCUUCAAUUGUUAGCGGUAUGUCUGGCGAGAGUGAAAAGAAGUUAAGAGAGCUGUUUGAGGAGGCAAAGUCGCUCGCUCCAUGCCUGGUCUUUUUCGAUGAGAUUGAUGCCAUCACUCCCAAGCGUGAUGGUGGAGCUCAGAGGGAAAUGGAACGGAGAAUUGUGGCUCAAUUUCUUACCUCUAUGGACGAGCUCUCUAUGGAAAAGACUAACGGGAAGCCAGUGAUCAUCAUUGGUGCCACUAAUAGACCUGACUCCCUAGAUUCAGCCCUGAGGAGAGCGGGGAGAUUUGAUAGAGAGAUUUGCUUGAAUGUGCCGAACGAGCUCUCGAGAAUUCACAUCUUGAAGAAGAUGUCUAGUCAUUUGAAAAUAGACGGAACGAUAGAUUUUGUGAAACUAGCUAAACUGACACCAGGGUUUGUCGGAGCUGAUUUGAAAGCUUUGAUCACAGCUUCAGGGACAUGCGCUAUCAAGCGUAUUUUUCGACAGUACGCAGAUGUAGCUCCUGGCGCUGAUGGUCAAAUGGAUGUCGAUCAGAGUCUCGAUACAUCGGAGGAAGAAGCAUUGAAAAACACUGCUAACAUGAUAGACCCCGUACCGUUAUCAACAAUACAGAAAUUCAUCAAAAAUUUCCCCGAGCCCUUGAGCGACGAACAGCUACAGAGCUUAUCGAUCAACUAUGAGGACUUUCUCAAAGCUCUACCGACAAUCCAACCAACGGCCAAGAGAGAAGGUUUUGCGACUGUACCAGAUGUUACCUGGGCAAACGUGGGCGCUUUAUCGAAUAUCAGAAUAGAGUUAAACAUGGCCAUCGUUCAGCCAAUCAAGAGGCCAGAACUUUACGAAAAAGUGGGCAUAAGUGCCCCAGCAGGAGUAUUAUUAUGGGGUCCUCCAGGUUGUGGCAAGACACUUCUUGCUAAAGCCGUAGCGAACGAAUCGCGAGCCAACUUCAUAUCUAUCAAAGGGCCGGAGCUUUUGAACAAGUAUGUUGGAGAAUCGGAAAGGGCUAUUAGGCAGGUAUUUACUAGAGCCCGAGCAUCCGUGCCGUGUGUCAUCUUUUUCGAUGAGUUAGAUGCGUUGGUUCCCAGGAGAGAUACAUCACUGUCAGAAUCCUCAUCAAGAGUCGUUAACACAUUAUUGACAGAGUUAGAUGGGCUUAACGACAGGCGGGGAAUAUUUGUUAUCGGUGCCACAAACAGACCAGAUAUGAUUGAUCCUGCCAUGCUGAGGCCUGGUAGAUUGGACAAGACGCUUUUUAUUGAGCUACCAAAUGCUCAGGAGAAGCUUGAUAUCAUAAAAACAUUAACAGCGUCAAGCGGCACCCCAUUGGCUUCAGAUGUUGAUCUUGAGGCGAUCGUAUCGAAUGAACGCUGCAAGAAUUUCUCAGGUGCAGAUAUAGCUGCUUUACUAAGAGAGGCUUCAGUGUUAGCUCUUAAGAGAAAUUUCUUCAAAACAGAGAAAAUUCACUCUGUUAUGGAGAAUGACCUCGAUAAGGAGUUCGAAGACUUGACGGUUGGUGCGUCAGAGGAAGAAGUUCUUGUCACCAUGAAAGAUUUCACUACUGCUUUGGCGAAAUUAAAGCCAUCUGUGAGCGAGAGAGAUAGACUGAAAUAUGACAAGCUCAAUAAAAAGAUGGGUUGGAUUGACGAGGUAGAAUUACAGAGCGAAGACGUCGCAAAUAAUAAAUAA